CUAGAAAAAGGGGAUAUAGCAAAGAGAGGAUUAGAUUUACGAGAGAUCCACAAUAAUUCCAACAAAUUUCAAAGCUUUUAGAUCGAUCUCGAAGCCGUUCACUAAUGUCGAUUUGGGCGCAGAGUGAGUCGCUAUUGAGGCAAAACAGUUCAGAAAGCAAAAAUAUUGUCGAGAGAAUCUCAGAUGAAGAUGAAGUACGUUACCAGCAAAGCCUUGGUCAGAAUGAAGAUGCCUAUGUUUUUCCUCCUCCAAUACCUCCGAGGUUCGCACUCCUUCCUGUGGGGAUCACGCGCAAGGAGGUUGAUAUCAUAAAGCUUACAUAGCAGUUUGUGGCUGUGUAUGGGUGGUACUUUCUUCUGGAACUGAAGAAAAGUGUGUCUACGAAACCUGUGCUUGAGCCCCUCUUUGUGUUUAUGAAGAAGUCAUUUACUGAUAGCAGACACCGGUUUUACGGCCAGCUUACUCUUGGGUAUUCUAAAGUCUUAUUGCGUUCCCAGAAGGUGAAGAAGAUGGGUACUAGUACGGCCACCAUUCUUAUUGAUGGUUUCUUCAAUCUUCUUCGUCAAGUGCUUGGGAAGGAGGAGGAUGAACAGGGAGUGGAGAUGGGUAUGAUCGAUCUCCAUGCUUUUGAGUAUUUUGUUAACAUGGAGUACAACGACUGGGAUCAGCCUCCAAUGCGAUCGCAUAAAACCCAACCUGAUAGUACUUAUGAUCCAGCAAGAAUCACGACUUUGAAGUUAAGACCUCAAACUCAUGAUGCAGAACCUAUCAGUUUCCCAUUACUUCCUGAUCAAGGUAUCACGCGCAAGGAGCUUGAUAUUAUUAAGCUUACUGCCCAGUUUGUGUCUGUUUUUGGGAUGUGUUUUGGGCAGGAGUUAAUGAAGAGUGCGUUUAUGAAACCUGAGCUUGAGCCUUUUUUUGACCUUUUAGGAAUUUCGAGAGAAAAGAGUUCCAUUUCAGAGGAGACACUGAGGGCUGCGUUUUCUGCUACUGAGGAAGGGUUUCUCACGCUUGUGCGAAGGACUUGCGGGUUAAAACCGUUGAUUGCAGCUGUUGGUUCUUGCUGUUUGGUUGGAGUUAUUUGGAAAGGGACCUUGCUUAUAGCUAAUGUUGGUGAUUCUCGUGCUGUGCUGGGGAGUAGUAAUAGGUCUAACAAAAUUGUAGCUGAGCAAUUGACUAGUGAUCACAAUGCGGCUUUGGAAGAAGUUAGACAAGAGCUUAGGUCAUUGCAUCCGGAUGAUUCGCAUAUUGUUGUCCUUAAACAUGGUGUGUGGCGCAUCAAAGGCAUCAUUCAGGUAUCUAAAUCAAUAGGGGAUGCAUAUUUAAAGCGCCCAGAGUUCUCUCUUGACCCUUCAUUCCCGCGUUUCCAUCUCGCUGAACGGCUACAAAGACCGGUCUUAUCAGCAGAGCCUUCUGUCUACACAAGAGUCUUACAAACAAGCGACAAAUUUGUGAUAUUUGCAUCAGAUGGACUCUGGGAACAUAUGACCAACCAGCAAGCUGUAGACAUAGUGAAUAAAAACCCUCGUCCUGGAAUAGCUCGGAAGCUGGUGAGAAGAGCGAUGAACAUAGCUGCUAAGAAGAGAGAGAUGAGUUACGAUGAUUUGAAGAAAGUGGAGAGAGGAGUGAGGAGAUUCUUUCAUGAUGAUAUAACGGUGGUUGUGAUAUUCAUAGACAAUGAGCUUCUUAUGGUGGAGAAAGCUACGGUUCCUGAAUUGUCCAUUAAAGGUUUUUCUCAUACUGUUGGACCUUCCAAGUUCAGUAUCUUCUUCUCUUAGAAUCUUUUUACAUAUCUUUACUUUACUCCCACAGAUAUGCUAAAAACAAAACAAAAAAGGAACACGGGUCGAUUUUGUACCAACACCUUGAUUUUAGAUACAAAAUUGUAGGUAUAAAUCCUUCAUUUGUAAUGCCAAUAAUCGAUAUAUCCUAAUGUUUCCAUUUGCAUUCUACAUUGGCAGCUCUCGUUUGAACUAAGUGCUGACAAAGUGAAAUGUACAAAACAAAAUGUGAUUACAUUGAAAAGUUUGUUAGAUUA